AUGCCGGCUGAGCUGCUGCUGCUGCUGAUUGUCGCCUUCGCCAGCCCCAGCCGCCAGGUGCUCUCAUCACUGCGCAUGGCUGCCAUUCUGGACGACCAAACUGUGUGUGGCCGUGGUGAACGUCUGGCCCUGGCCCUGGCCCGGGAGCAGAUCAACGGGAUCAUUGAGGUCCCAGCCAAGGCCCGCGUGGAAGUGGACAUCUUUGAGCUGCAGCGGGACAGCCAGUACGAGACCACGGACACCAUGUGUCAGAUCCUGCCCAAGGGGGUUGUGUCUGUCCUGGGACCCUCCUCCAGCCCCGCGUCUGCCUCCACCGUGAGCCAUAUCUGUGGAGAGAAGGAGAUCCCCCACAUCAAGGUGGGUCCCGAGGAGACGCCCCGCCUUCAGUACCUCCGCUUCGCGUCCGUCAGCUUGUACCCCAGUAACGAGGACGUCAGCCUGGCCGUCUCCCGGAUCCUCAAGUCCUUCAACUACCCCUCGGCCAGCCUCAUCUGCGCCAAGGCCGAGUGCCUGCUGCGAUUGGAGGAGCUGGUGCGUGGCUUCCUCAUCUCCAAGGAGACGCUGUCUGUGAGGAUGCUGGAUGACAGCCGGGACCCCACGCCACUGCUCAAGGAGAUCCGUGACGACAAAGUGUCCACCAUCAUCAUCGACGCCAACGCAUCCAUCUCCCACCUCAUUCUCCGUAAGGCCUCAGAGCUGGGAAUGACCUCAGCAUUUUACAAGUACAUCCUCACCACCAUGGACUUCCCCAUCCUGCACUUGGACGGGGUCGUGGAGGACUCCUCCAACAUCCUGGGCUUCUCCAUGUUCAACACCUCGCACCCCUUCUAUCCUGAGUUCGUGCGCAGCCUCAACAUGUCCUGGAGGGAGAACUGUGAAGCCAGCACCUACCCCGGCCCUGCGCUAUCGGCUGCCCUGAUGUUUGAUGCCGUGCAUGUGGUGGUGAGCGCCGUCCGGGAGCUGAACCGCAGCCAGGAGAUCGGCGUGAAGCCGCUGGCCUGUACGUCGGCCAACAUUUGGCCCCAUGGGACCAGCCUCAUGAACUACCUGCGCAUGGUAGAGUAUGACGGGCUGACUGGGCGGGUUGAGUUCAACAGCAAAGGGCAGAGGACCAACUACACGCUGCGCAUCUUGGAGAAGUCUCGGCAGGGCCACCGGGAGAUCGGGGUGUGGUACUCUAACCGGACGCUGGCCAUGAAUGCCACCACCCUGGACAUCAACCUGUCGCAGACACUGGCCAACAAGACGCUGGUGGUUACGACCAUCCUGGAGAACCCGUACGUCAUGCGCCGGCCCAACUUCCAGGCUCUGUCCGGAAACGAGCGCUUUGAGGGCUUCUGCGUGGACAUGCUGCGGGAGCUGGCCGAGCUGCUGCGCUUCCGGUACCGCCUGCGGUUGGUGGAGGACGGGCUGUACGGGGCGCCCGAGCCCAACGGCUCCUGGACGGGCAUGGUGGGCGAGCUCAUCAACCGGCAGAAGGCAGACCUGGCUGUGGCUGCGUUCACCAUCACAGCCGAGCGGGAGAAGGUCAUCGACUUCUCCAAGCCCUUCAUGACCCUGGGGAUCAGCAUCCUCUACCGGGUGCAUAUGGGCCGCAAGCCUGGCUACUUUUCCUUCCUGGACCCUUUCUCUCCGGCCGUGUGGCUCUUCAUGCUUCUUGCCUAUCUGGCCGUCAGUUGUGUCCUGUUCCUGGCCGCCAGGCUGAGCCCCUACGAGUGGUACAACCCGCACCCGUGCCUGCGGGCGCGCCCCCACAUCCUGGAGAACCAGUACACGCUGGGCAACAGCCUCUGGUUCCCCGUGGGGGGCUUCAUGCAGCAGGGCUCGGAGAUCAUGCCCCGGGCGCUGUCCACGCGCUGCGUCAGUGGAGUCUGGUGGGCCUUCACCUUGAUCAUCAUCUCCUCCUACACGGCCAACCUGGCCGCCUUCCUCACCGUGCAGCGCAUGGAGGUGCCCGUGGAGUCGGCCGACGACCUGGCAGACCAGACCAACAUCGAGUACGGCACCAUCCACGCUGGCUCCACCAUGACCUUCUUUCAGAAUUCACGGUACCAGACGUACCAGCGGAUGUGGAACUACAUGCAGUCGAAGCAGCCCAGCGUGUUUGUCAAGAGCACAGAGGAGGGCAUCGCCCGCGUCCUCAACUCCCGCUACGCCUUCCUGCUCGAGUCCACCAUGAACGAGUACCACCGGCGCCUCAACUGCAACCUCACCCAGAUCGGGGGCCUCCUCGACACCAAGGGCUACGGCAUCGGCAUGCCGCUGGGCUCCCCGUUCCGGGAUGAGAUCACGCUGGCCAUCCUGCAGCUUCAGGAGAACAAUCGGCUGGAGAUCCUGAAGCGCAAGUGGUGGGAGGGGGGCCGCUGCCCCAAGGAGGAGGACCACCGAGCCAAAGGCUUGGGCAUGGAGAACAUCGGGGGCAUUUUUGUCGUGCUCAUCUGUGGCCUCAUCAUCGCUGUCUUCGUGGCAGUCAUGGAGUUCAUAUGGUCCACGCGGAGGUCGGCAGAGUCGGAAGAGGUGUCGGUGUGCCAGGAGAUGCUGCAGGAGCUGCGCCACGCCGUGUCCUGCCGCAAGACGUCACGUUCCCGCCGGCGCCGGCGGCCCGGCGGCCCCAGCCGGGCCCUGCUGUCGCUGCGCGCCGUCCGCGAGAUGCGCCUUAGCAACGGCAAGCUCUACUCCGCUGGCGCGGAUGCGGGCAGCGCGCACGGGGGCCCCCAGCGCCUCCUGGACGAUCCGGGGCCGCCAGGCGGGGCCCGGCCCCCUGCCCCCACGCCCUGCACCCACGUGCGCGUCUGCCAGGAGUGCCGGCGCAUCCAAGCGCUGCGGGCGUCCGGGGCCGGCGCGCCCCCGCGGGGCCUGGGCGCCCCCGCCGAAGCCACCAGCCCGCCCCGGCCCCGCCCCGCCGGCCCCCGCGAGCUGGCCGAGCACGAGUGA